AUGGCAGCCAAGAGGGUAGUGGUAUACCGGAAUGGGGACCCUUUCUGCCCAGGCCGCCAGCUAGUGGUCUCUCGGCGCCACUUCCCCACCAUGGAAGCCUUCCUCAAUGAGGUAACAUCAGCUGUGCAGGCCUCGCUGGCUGUGCGUGCCCUCUACACACCUUGUCAUGGCCACCGUAUCACCAACCUGGCCGACCUGCAGAACGGAGGGCAGUAUGUGGCUGCUGGCUUCGAGAGGUUCUGCAAGCUCCACUAUUCGCCCCCUGGAGGGAAGGAGCGAGGUGGGAAAAGCAGCAGACUCCCUGGUCGUCCUGCGACUCAGCACCCAGGAGGUGGGGCCCUUGGACGGAGGCCACCUGCAGGGUCCCGCUGCUAUAUCCAUGUGUUCAGGAAUGGGGACCUGUUAAGUCCCCCAUUUAGCCUGAAGCUGUCCCAGGCUGCCAAUGAGGACUGGGAGACGGUGUUGAAGCUCCUGACCGAGAAGGCCAAAUUACGGACAGGGGCUGUGUGCAAACUUUGCACCCUGGAGGGGCUCCCACUGUCAGCAAGGGAGGCGCUGGUGAGUGGCCGUUACUAUGUGGCUGUCGGGGAAGAUGAGUUCAAGGCCCUCCCCUAUAUGGAGCUGCUGGUGCCCAGUCCCUCGCUGCCCAGGGGCUGCUGGCACCCCCGAGACCCAACGCCUAGGCCCCACGAGCAGGGGGCCCAUGGCCACAGGGCACAGGCAACCCAGCCCUCUCCAGAGGAACCAAGCCAAACUGAGACAUCGGCUUUCUAUGCCAGACCCCAGCAGGCUGCUCAGCCAAGAAGCAUGUUCCCCACUUUCUCAUUUCCAUCAGGAGUCAAGGGAGUGUACAGGGCUCCGCACCCAAGAAAGGAGACAGAAGGGGCCCGGGAAGUAGCAGACGAUGAAGACACCUGGACAGAGGAACCCUUGGAUCAGAGGGCGGCACAGAUAGUGGAAGAGGCCCUGGAAAACCAGCCUGGGGCUGGGGUGGCUGUCUCAACCUCAGCACCUGCUCUGCCAUCUUGAGGGCUGCAGUCCCUGCCAGCAACUGGGGACCGCCACUCUGCAGCCACAUCUUGUCCUCAGCCCCCAGCAGCCUGUCCUGGAGGAGCAAGUGCCUCCCGUGGGCCCGUAGGGUACUUCAGCCCCCUCAGACCCUCCCCAGUCUUCUGCUUCU